AUGGUAAAUCUUGAAGCAUUGAUAUUAUUUCUGUUCCUCAUACAAAUUGAUUCAGAUUAUAUUGAUGGCAUUCAAUUACAUAGUGAUAUUCUUAUUUAUUUGCCACGAUUAAAAAAAUUUACUUUCAGUAUACAUACAGGAGUUAUCAUGGAACGGAUUAAAAUUCAUCUUUCAUCUAAUGAAGAUAUUCAAAAUAGUUUUAUUGGAAGAGGAUAUGGUCAAGUUGGUUCAUAUGUCUGUACUCAACCAUUGAAGAGCAUGUCUCAUUGUACACGUAUACAUGUUUAUAAAUUUCGUGCAUCAGUUGGUAAUGAAAAUGGUGAUACAUUUGUUUUAAAAAAUGAAAUAUUUAAAGAACUUAAACCAGCUGAUCAAGAAGUUAGUCGAUUUAAACAUCGAAGUACACCAUUAGUAUUAUGUGCAACUGCUGGUUUAAGAUUAUUAAGUGAAACAAAACAAAAACCUUUAUUAGAAAGUGUUUCAAAUACAUUUAAAAAAUAUGGAUUUUAUCGUCCAAAAAUGGAUAUUGCAAUAAUGAAUGAAACAGAAGAAGGUAUUGAUGCUUGGCUUACAUUUGUUUAUUUAAAAGGUGAACAAUUUUAUGGGAGUCGAAUAGCUGCACUCGAUUUAGGUGAUGAAGAAAUUAUUAUGAAAUAUAUGCAUCAAUUUCGAAUGUUUCGUCGUGAUAUAAAACUUUGUUCACGUUCAUAUUUAGGUUAUGGUUUAAUGAUUGCACGUCAAACAAUAUUUAUUAAUCAAACAAAUGUUAAAAAUUAA